UUGAGUACGAGCGCUCUCCCGCUCUCGCACACUCUACGCACGCUCACUCUCAGCUGGUGGAGUGUACUGCAGGCUGUCCUGGACCGAAAGAGGAAAAACUGAAAAUUGCCGCGGAAAAAGAAAGCGGUGCCAAACAAUUAUCUGCUAACCGCUGUGUUGCUGCCACAUAGGAUGUACUGGAAAAGGAAGUAAAUCAUUUGGUUUGUUUGUGUUGCAUUUAUCUACCCCCGCUUCUCCGUUCCCUCCGGAGUUUAAAUUGAGGAUUCUGGACUGAACGAAGACAAUGUGCGCCGGACUUAAGCCACUGUUGUCACUUUCAUGAGCGAAACACAGGACUUUGGAAAAGGUGUAGUCCAGUGAGCCGUCCUCUGUGAGCGUGUGUGUGUGGUGCGUCCAGUCGGCCCGGGGAGAGAGACCGAGCGAGCAGCCAUGAGCGCCGAGGCCACGCAGGGGGUGGUCACCAGCCCCCCCCCCCUCGCCCAGCGGCCCGCCUCCGCGCCGCCCAAGGAGCGCUACUUUGACCGCGUGGACGAGAAUGACCCUGAGUACCUGCGCGCUCGCAACAUGUCACCCGACCUGCGGCAGGACUUCAACAUGAUGGAGCAGAAGAAGAGAGUCACACAAAUCCUCCAAAGCCCAGCCUUUAAAGACGAGCUGGAGGGCCUGAUUCAAGAGCAGCAGAAUAAGGGCAAUAACCCCGCUGGCUUGCUGGCCCUGCGACAGAUCGCUGACUUCUUCAUGGCCAGCUCCAUCGCCGGCUUCUCUACCUCCCCCCUCAGUCUGGCUAUGGUCACUCCCAUCAACGACAUGUUUGGGACGGAGUCUACCACACUGGUGAAGGGGGAGAAGCAGACCCGCUGUAAGCUGGCCAGCCUCUACCGGCUGGUGGACCUCUUCAGCUGGGCCCACUUCCCCAGCUCCUUCGUCACGGUGCGAGUGAGCAAAGAACAAGACCAUAUUCUCAUCAUCCCCAGGGGACUGUCCUUCGCUGAGGCCUCUGCGUCCAAUCUGGUAAAGGUGAACAUCAUUGGGGACGUGGUGGACCAGGGCUCCACCAACCUGCGCAUCGACCACGCCGGCUUCAGCCCCCACGCUGCCAUCUACUCCAUGCGGCCUGACGUCCGGUGCAUCAUCCACAUUCACACUCCAGCCACUGCAGCAGUCUCUUCCAUGAAGUGUGGGAUUCUGCCCAUCUCCCAGGAGUCUCUGAUCCUGGGCGACAUCGCCUACUACAACUACCAAGGCAGCCUUGACGACCAGGAGGAGCGUGUGGAGCUCCAGAAGGCCCUCGGCCCCUCAACCAAGGUGCUGGUCCUGAGGAACCAUGGAGUGGUGGCGCUGGGAGAGACUAUUGAAGAGGCCUUUCACUACAUCUACACUGCCCAGUUUGCAUGUGAAAUCCAGGUGAAUGCGAUCUCAUGUGCGGGCAGCCCGGACAACCUGAUCGUGCUGGACCUGGAGAAGUACAAGGCGCGCACGCACGGAGUGGCCGAGGCCGGGGUCAACAUGGGCAGCCAGCACAAGUGGAAGGUGGGCGAGCUCGAGUUUGAGUCGCUCAUGCGCAUGCUGGACAACCUGGGCUACCGAACGGGCUACGCCUACCGGCACCCCAUCGUGCGGGACAAGCCGCGGCACAAGAGCGAGGUGGAGAUCCCAGCCACGGUGACGGCGUUCUCGUUCGACGACGACGAGGCGGCGACGCGGCUGCCCUUCAAGCUGCUCCAGCAGAGGCAGCAGCGCGAGAAAACCCGCUGGCUCAACUCCCCCAACAGCUACAUGAAGGUCAACGUGGGCGACAGCAACGGCUCGAGCACCCAGCGCUGGAUGAGAUCUGAAGACUCCAGCAUCAGCAGUGGUACUCCCAUCCGAAUCGAGGACGCCAACCAGUUCAUCCCACUCAACACCAACCCCACAGAGGUGCUGGAGAAGAGGAACAAAAUCCGGGAACAGAACAGGUUCGACAUGAUGACGGCCGGGCCCCAGUCCCACAAGCUUGCAGGCAUCGUGAUUGAGAGGCCGCCGGUCGAGGGUCCAGUAAAGCCUUACACAGGUGAGGAUGAGGAGCAGACAGGCCCACUGCCACCCAACCCCUUCAGCGAGCUGUCUGAGGAGAUUGAUGGCAAACGCCCUACUGAUGGCGAGCACGAUCAGCUAACCUCCGACGACGCCUCCACUCUCUCCCAGUCUCUCUCCCAGCCCCAGUCCCCGCAAAUCACUCCUGCUAAAGAAGAGAACCACACGGGGGUCCUGCUCAACGGGAAGGGUGAGGGCCACGACGCCGACCAGGACGAGCUGAACAAGCGCAUGAGUCAGCUGACCACCAGCGCCGAGAGCCUGAAGCCGCCGCAGGGCGAGAAGAUCGAGGAGGUGCUCUCGCCCGACAGCUCGCCCUCCAAGUCCCCCAACAAGAAGAAGAAGAAGUUCCGCACGCCGUCCUUCCUCAAGAAGAACAAGAAGAAAGAGAAGGUGGAGGCCUGAGAAGGGAAGAGUGGGAUAGAGUGAGAGUGAGGGAGGGAGAGAGAGAGAGAGACAGGGAGGGGGUGAAGUGAGGGCAAGUUUGUCGUUUUCUGACACCCUCUUCACACCUUUAUUUUUUAGAGAUUAGGGGUGCAGUGGAGGAGGGCGAAGGAGGAGGAGUCAGGCCGAUUCCUCCGGCAUGGGAAUCUGAAAUGCGUGUAGUGGGUGUGGCCUGUGGCAGUGAAGCAGUUGUUUUGUUUUGUUUUGUUUUGUUUUGUUUUGUUUUGUUUUUCUUCCCCCUCUUCCAGUCUUUGUACGCCAAGAACGCUCCGCCAGUCUCCUCCACGGUUCAUUUUGUAACAUUUAAAGAAAAGAAAAAGAUACACGCAGACAGACAAACAUACUCACACGGGCCGCUACCCUCUAUCGUCAGCAUUUCACUCUCCAGUCUGUUCCGAGUCCUCCCCUUUGUGUUUCAAAUGACUUCUGUCUGUGUUUGUUUCGUUUUUUAAGUCAUAGCUUUUUUUGUAUUGUGUUUUUUUUUUUUUUUUUAAAUAAGAGAAAAGAUUUCCCAUCACAGUAUGCAAAACAAAAAAAGAAGCUAUAUAUUUGAUUGUAAUCACUAGAGGUGAGUGGAGAUGAAUUUUCAUAGGAAUCGUGGGGAUUUCUAAGCUAGCUAAUUUUAGUUGGGGUGGGGUGCAGGGUUGCAGCUGGUAAACUGGCUCUUCCUGCCAGAGGAACAGAGGAGAGUUGUUGCGGUCCCUGGACUGUCUGAAGUCUGCACACUAUACCUGUGGACUUCCCCACUGCAUAUAACGAUUGGCCUUAAGUGUUAGCGGGCGCUACGGGCAACAAAGAAGCUGCACAGCAUGGCGACUCGGCAUUCAUGAACUCCCCCUGUGUGGGUCAGAAGCCAUUUUGUUUUAUGAGUUCUGUCAAUCAUGUUCUGGGGUCUCCUCUAGUGAGGAGGAUGAGGGAUUAACUCCACACCACAGACAGAAAAGUCACUGGAAUCAGUUAAGAGACAUUUUACAACAGGGUUUAUCAUUUUAUUGUGUUUUUUUAUUUCUUUUCAUCUUCCCCUUGAUCAUUUCUGCCUGUAAUUUCUGCCGACACCCGUCUUGCCCUUGUGCGGAGAGAUGAAAUGGGUUUGUACCUUCAAAAGGUCAUCAAAGGGUCUUUAUGUUGAGUUGGGAUCACAUCCUGUUUUGCGCUGACUUUAUUUACAAUCCUGUGUUAGCCUCGCUAAUCAGUCUCCCCACUUUUUUCUCAUGCCAAACGAAAUGGAAAAAAAAGAAAAACAAUCACGUUUUAGUGAAGUGGAAUCCUGAUUUUUACAUCAUGGAUUUGGAUUUUUUUUUUUGUUUUGUUUUAAGAAGACAAGCGUUCAUCUCUGAUUUUUAGUCAGUGGGGUUUCCUGGUAGAUGCUUUUAUUUUCUACUUAAUGUCUAUGCUUUUACUGAAAAGUUGUUAUGGUCAACAUUUUCUUGCGUGAAUUUUAUUUCUCUUUUUUCCUUUGGAAUUUAUAUGGCUAUAGUGAUGCCGGGUUUCUCAAUAUUGUAGCUCAGACAACUUUAAAACUGCAUCUAUAUAGUGGAGGUAUUAUGAUAACUGGAUACAUUGAAUUCAUUUUUAAUUCUGUACUUGUACUCUUUGUUUUUUAUUGUGCUGCACUUUUAUAAUGGUGUAUAACACAAACCUGUACACGUAGGCGGUUUCACCAAUGAAGGAGGUGUGCGGAAGGCAAGAGAGAGAGUGUGUGGGGCGCAGGGAAGACAUAAAGGAGAGAAACGUUUGAGAAACUCGGAAAGACAUUUCAGGUGCAUGGAGAGGGAGUGGUGUCAGACUGUGUUCUUUUGUGUUAAGCAUCCAAUUAUAUCAAAUAAAUGUAUUUGUUAACAACUAUGUAUUGCAAAGAAGAAGAAGGAAAAAAAAACGAAGUGUCAAUCCCAAUUGAAAGUGUCAAUCCCAAUUGAAGCGCCGGCCAGGCAGUGUGAAGCAGGAGUCUCUGGUCUGAUCAUGGCCUCAGAGGGCCAGCUCCCGUCUAGUUGUUUUUCUCUAUGUGAGCCAUACAGAUAUCUAGUUUGUUUGUUUGUAUUUUUUUUUUCAGAUGUGUAAUUGCAAGACAAAGGUUGAGCUACAAUCUUCCUGCUCGUUCUACAGAGAGAGAGAGAUAGGGAGAAAGAAAGAAAGAAAGAAAGAAAGGAGAGAGAGAGAAGGGGGGGGGAACCAGGAGGGUCAUGAGACCACUAUCAAAACGUGUACGUGUCACUUGCAUGAUGUGGAAGCCACACCCACGUUGCGUCACUACAAUGAGAUGGCACCACGCCAGGCUACAGACUACUCCCCGUCGCCUUGAUUACUUUGGGGCCCAGAGUGGUUUCAACUGAUGUUGCUGCCUUUGUGUCUCCAGAGGUGUGUUUUCUGUCCCCUCGUCCCCACAGCUCAAUAGGAGUUUGAGCGGGUGGGCUUUUGAGAUCAUGGAAACGUGACGUUUAAUGGCCAUGGCAGUUGGGAGCCAUGUGGUUACACUUCUCUGUUCAUUUCCCUCCAUCUGUUCCUUCACUAUGAUUGCAUUUCUUUUUUUCUUUUUUUUCGGCCUCCACGAUAUAUCUGGAAAUAUAGAAAAUAAUCUGCCCAAAAACAUGUCCAGAUUACGGAGACCCAUGGAUGAACUCUGUGACAAAUCAAAAAAGGAAGAGAAAAAAAAAGAAAGAAAGAGAAGUAGGUUGUCACUUCAUCAUCCUCUAAAUCACUGUUGGUCAGUCAGUUGUAAGUGGGCAGACUAAACCAGCGACGGGGACAUCCCAGCCAGCAAUGUGAAAGUACUGGAUUUGGACCCAGAGAGAGGGGUAGGGGGGUGGGGUGGGGGAGGGUGCUGGUGGUGGGGGAACGAGGCACAUGUAAGCUGUGUAAAUAAGCAUGUGGCUUUCAGGAGGGCCCUGGUGAAUAGCUGGAGCCAGGAGAUGAAGGCGUACAUUUGAAUUUUUUAUAAGGCGCGGUGGGGCAGGAGCAGCGUUGGGGCGGGUCAGUGGGGGGAGAAAAGGCCUUCCGGACAUUAACAUCAUGUUUUAAAUCAAUCCAGUUGUACUACUUUUUUGCGCUUUUUUCUUUCUCCUCCUCCUUCAUACCAUCUUUCUUCCCUUUUACAAGUUAUUUUAUGCUUUCAGUCCUCCGUUUGUACUGCAGUAUGUUUUUAAAAUAGUUUACAGAGCACGAAGCUUUUACUCACCAUUUAUGAGCACAAAAUGGCAGAUGAAUGAAUGUGCAUUGCAUUCUCUUUUUUUAUUAUUUUUAUUUUAUUUUCUUCUCCAACCGUUUGCACGUUGUUCUUACUAAUGCCUCUCUUCCCAUCACUUUUGUUUCUGUUUUAAAGGAGAAAAAAAUACAAAAUAGCUUUGGCAUGCAACUUUGAGCCAAGCCUAUCUGUGAUAUGUGAAAUCUUAUAUAAAUGGUUAUCUAAUGGAGUUGCUUUUAGAUGUACUGCUAAUCAGUGUAAAUUCACAAAUAAAACUAUUUUAAGACAA